ACGCUGUUUGUUUGUUUGUUUGCUUGCUUGCUUGCUUGGACAGCCUGUCUUGAAGCCAUGGCACCUCGGAUGGAGGAAUUCCAGAGAAAUUUUGCCUUUGUGGCCUUUAUGAUGAUCGUAUGCUUCGGUGUUUUUGUUUAUCUUACAAGAAACCUCCGCGAGACGGUCACGCCUUUGUGUUGGGCUGCCUUCUUUGCAGUGCCGAGCACAUUGUUGAUUUCGUAUAUCGAUCGGCUGAUCAAUCAGGUCAUGAGCGGCAUCAAGCGCUUGUGGCUCUGUUUGUGGCACACCCAAUCCUCUCCACUUCUUGACAUCACGCACUCAGAGCCUGAACGGGUUCGCUUCGCGGCAUCUGGAUGGCGAAUAACCCUGGACCGCCCAGAUUCGAAUGCUGACUAUCGGAAUGCUCACUUCUUGCGGAAGGUCAAUACACCAUGCAGUCGUCAUUGUUCCAGGCUCCUACAGAUCCUGCGACUAGAGUCGUGCUUCCGUCGGCGUGUUCGCAUUGUAGAGCUUGAACACGAGGAGCAGGAGGGCCAGGUUGAGCCAGAAGCGAAUGGAUUGGUGAAGGGGUGGACAUACUAUGCUUCCUCAAAAGAAGAAGGAGAGAGCCUUAUCCUGGAGCUCUUCUUGGAUGCAUCGGAGCAAUACUCGGCAGUGUUUUCAAGGUCAGCCACAGGGCCGCAGAUCCAUGGCCAGCUAGAGAUCGACAAGAGCUCCUCUCUGUCUUGGUUCGUGUCCUUGAUCCUUACCCUUGCGAUUAUGGCAGGAGGUGUUUGGUUCUUUGUGGCAUGCAUUCAAAUGGGUAUCAGCAGCUUCACAGCGAACCUGAGCGACUACAAGACGGGCGUGAUGGACUUCCUGGAUCUCAUCAAGCCCAUCUUCCCAGAGAAGGUUUGGCAGGAGAUUCAGAAGAAGGCGACGGAGUUCUUGAAUAAUGAGCUGCCAACGUUGGCUCAGCAGGUUGCCUCCAGCUUGGAAUCUCUGAGCUUCCAGGCUCUGAUGUUCUUUGUGUACCUUUUCUUCUGGAUCUUCGAGCCACUCCCCAUUAGCAGUCCUGUGGCAGAGGUCUUCAAGUCAUACUUGCUGCUGAAGACCAUUGUAUGUUUACUCUUCGCAUCAUUGAUGAGUGCGCUUCUGAUGUGUUUGCAGUGUAAGAUUUGGAGCCUCUUCUUUGUGCUGACAUUUCUGCUGAACUUCAUCCCGGAGAUAGGUGCCAUCGCCUCAGCAAUUCUGACAGUUCCGGCCAUUCUCUUUGAUGGGCAUCUGGAUCGGCAGAUGCGGCUGGAGAACUUGCUCUGGCUGGUCAUCAUCGGGACUUGCAUCAAAAUCUUCACAGGAAAUGUGGUGGAAGUGCAAAUGUAUGCCAGCCUCGGUGGCCAAUUCAUGCGCAUGCAUCCGGUGAUUAUCAUGGCUGGGGCUCAGAUUCUCCGUCGAUUUGUGGAUCAAAUCGGUCGCGGAGCUGCUAAGGCCUUGAUCAUGCUGUUCUCCGCGCUCUUGGGAGUGACAGGUAUGUUCCUGGCAGUGCCUACCAUGGCAGCGGUGAAGUACUACUUGGUGUCUACUGCCACCUGUCCAAACUGAGAAGCUCUGGGCUCAAUGGUCCUCUCGUGUUCCGCUCGUGUUUUCUUUGCCUGUUGAGUACAAGCUUAUGAGCUUGGCACGUUUGCGGCGAAGCAUCGCACUCAAGUGCGCAUUGAAGCAGCACCUCGCAAAGACUCCCUAGAGUAUCUCCAGGGUGUUCACUACGGAAUUAGUAACAGCACUGCACAAAGUUUUGUGUAGCUUUGCCAAGGAGUUUUUUUGUAUACUGACACUUAUUGAACUGGCUGCAAGGGCUUGGACUUGGAGUUUGAUCUCAGGACAUGCCAAAGCAGUUCAGGAAUCCUUUGCUGAUCUUCAUUGAGGGCGAUGCGACAGCACCACACAAGAACUUUGUGGAGCAGCAGCGGCUCAUAGAAUGCCACUUCAUGGAGCCACCGGCACCAACUCGGCAGGCACUGCAGGAUGAGGAGGCUGUUGAGCUUGGCCGCAGCUCUUGAGCGGACAACUCGCAUUUUCUCAUUUUCUCACCCAAUGUGGCCUCUUCCGAGGAGCUUUUUGGACCUGUAAAGAUUGCUCCACAGAUUGGCCACAUGCAUUUCAUUUGUGUGGCAAUAGGCCACAGGCCGCCCCAGUCUUCAAACAACUCUAAUUGUGUUUGCUUUUGCAAUCGGUGUACAUACAUCGCUGCCAGAACGUGUGGAUCUGGCCCUUUUGCCUCAAUGCAUUAAUGUUUGCCCCUGCACUUGGCACGGGAGAUCUUUCCUUGCUCUGUAUUCAUUGGCUCAGAUCUUGG